AAUAUCCUCGUCCACACUUGACUCAUAUCCACAGACAAAUGCUUUCUUUAGACGCGUAAAUCCACGGCAGCGCGCGGAGGCUGCGCAGCGCGCACAGGUGUGCGCUCCAGGGGACGUACGAGGCAUCUGUUGUUGACGCCUCUUCACUCGCGCGCCGGCUCGGACAGGAGGACACGCGCUCAGCUGACGAGGAGAAUUAAGUGUUACGCGCGAGGAAAAGCUUUCUAAUCUCUGAUCUCUUGGAUUAUUCCUCCAAUGGGUGGGAUUUAGCCACCGGGUUUUGUCUGGUGUUUUACGCACAUUUGCGCCCCUGGCAGUUACAUAAUGGAAUGGACGCUCAUUACUUUUAGCACUUUUUUUAUUUUUACUCUCUUAAGCAAUUGUGCAUUAUGAUCAUGCUAAAUGAUUGCUAAAUGAUUUCGGAUCUUUCGGUCAGCGGAGCGCAAAGUCGUACAUUGGAUUGAAAACCGGAGACUUCCCAUCACCCUCGGGACAAGCACCUGUCUACUGUCCCGAGAUCCGACCCCUGCCCUCCUUUGAUGCUCUGCGAUGGAGAGUGAGUUGAGACCUCGGCUGUGUUUCCUGACGAAAGGGGCGCGCGGAUACGGGUUUCACCUGCAGGGCGAGAGGAACCGAGGCGGACAGUUCAUCCGCAAAGUGGAGCCCGGCUCCAGCGCCGAGCUGGGCGGGCUGCGACCAGGAGACCGGGUGGUGGAGGUGAACGGUGAGAAUGUGGAGAACGAAAAACACUAUAAAGUGGUGGAGCGUCUCCGUGAAGUUCCCCACCGCACCAAGCUGCUGGUGGUGGACAGCGACACGGACGACUACCUCCGCGCCUGCGGCCUGCGCUGCACCGAGGACCUGGCGAUCGAGAUGGGGACGCUGUCCCCGCGGCCUUCGCCCGGUCCCACUCCUUCUGCUUCACCGAGAGAGAAUUCACCGUUCACACCCAAACUCAACCAGAUACACUUCCUUUACCCUCACACUGCCAACUCGCCCGCACACAAGACCUCACAAGAGAUCAAGAGAUACUCUGUCACAUCGAGCACAGGGCCAGACACAGAGCUGCAGGUGCAUCCCUCACCAGAGCCAGCGGCUGGGCUCCACCUCCUUCCCCGUUUGUGCCACCUGGUGAAGGGAGACCACGGCUACGGCUUCAACCUUCACAGUAACAGGACAAAAGAUGGACAGUUUGUUCGUUCGGUGGACCCCGGCUCCGCUGCUGAGGGUGGAGGCAUCAGGCCUGGAGACAGACUAGUGGAGGUGAACGGGGUGAACAUUGAGGGCCUGAGGCACUCAGAGGUGGUGGCGCUCAUUAGAGCCGAGGGGGAGAAAGUGAGCAUCCUAGUGGUCGACCAGGAGACCGACCAGCUCUUUCACAGACUGGGGAUGCGACCAACCAGCAGCCAGGUCAAAGAGGUCCAUCUGGAAGGAUCUGCCACAGAAAGCGCCCCAAACAGCCCGUCUCCCACCACUGACCUGCCCGCCUCAGAUCAACCAGUCAUGAAGAUCACAGUGACAAACUCCCCGACCACAAGUACAUCCCCAAAAUCCUUAUCAGAUGGGAGCUCGGCUUCUGUGUCCUCGAGAAGCUCCAUCACGCAAUCAGAGCUCAGCAGCUCGGACAUGAGCUUCCAGGUCCACGAUGAGGACGACGGGCGCGUUUUGGACCCCUUCAUGGACAGUGGCCUGCGUUUCAGUCCCACCGCUGCUGAGGCUAAACUCAAGGCCCUGGCCGGCCGCAACAAGAAGAGAGCUCCUGCUAUGGACUGGAACAAGAAACAUGAGACCUUCAGCAACUUCUGACCCCAGAACACAAUGAACACAUAUGAAGAAGACGAGCAACAAUGCCAUAGCACGAGAAAUACCUUUUGAAUUCUUCUCUGUUCAUGUUAUAAUCUUUAAUACUGUAACGCACGGUGCAAGAAAGAGAAAUGUGAAAAGGAAAAAGAAGCCAGUUUUAAUAUUAUGAAUAAUAAUAGUGAUAUUCCUAAAUCAUGUUCUGAGAUAUCAUUUUACUGCAUCUAUAAGGAUCUAUAAGGACAAAUUCUGUUGAUGUGUCACAGAUCUUGUUUAAUGCAGUGUAUAUGUACACUUUUCUUUUGUUUUUCAAAGUAACAGUUUCAUGUCAAUUUAGAAGUACAACACUCAUCACAACCAAGUCCUGAAGUAGUUAUACUGACAUUUUGUUUGUCAAUUUAAUGUAGCAUAUCACAAAAAUGGACAAGGAGGAGGCAAAGUUAUGAAAUGUGAUGUUCACCUCAGUGCUUCUCUCUAAAGGAAAAUACCUAAAAGACAGAAGAGAAACGUCAGCACUCUGAUCUAGUGACGUUUUUGAGUGUUUUCUCUCACAAAUGUUCACGAUUGAAACUUCUCACAAUGUAAAAAUAAACUUUCAAAAUAUUUGUAAAGGCCA